AUGUCAAAUCUUACGUCAUUUUCAUCGAUGACGACUAUAUUACAAACGUCAAAUAUCAUUUGGCAAAGUGUUAGUCUAACCGAUGAACUUAAAAUUAAUCUUGAAUAUGAUACUCGUCGUGGAUUACUGAAUAUUUUUGUGAAAAAUACUAGCAAUAAUAAAGAAGUACCGUGUUGUAUUAAUGUUCUAUCAAAUCAAGCUGAAGAUGAUAAAAUAGUAUCGAAUUCGAAUGUAAUUUCGUCUGAUAUACAACAAGAUGUUCUAUCUGAUGAUGAUGAUGAACCAAAGAUUUGUUAUGAAUUAUCGACAAUUUAUAGUUAUGAUAUAAUUGAUGAAAAUGAAAUUACUGAACAAAUUGAUUUUAGUCAAACAGAAAUUACUUCUUCUUUAUCGUCAUCAUUAUCAUCAUCUUCAUGUUUUGAUGAACAGACAAUAGAUAAUGAUGAUGAUGGAUAUUCCACGCAUUCACUUGAUGAUGUCGAACAGCCACAACAUCAACAACAAUGGCUAGCAAUUCCUCCAUCUAAAUUAAUUAUACCGUCCUUUUCAUCUCAACAUCAUUAUUAUGAUUAUUAUUCCGAACAGUAUGUUUCACCUAUUCGUCGACUAAUUGAACAACUGACAUGGUUAAAUCCAUUUAAGAAGACCAUGCAUGAAACUAUGAUAAUGAAUCAUAUAUUUGAUUGA